CCCUAUAAUUACAGGGUAUGAUCGUCGUGGCCGAUGGAUUCAGCUGAAUCAGAUAACUCCGUGUUCCGUCACUACGGGAUAACCAUGCGCGCAGGAUCGCUUGCAGCUCGAUGCAUUCUAGAUUUCAACCGCCAAGGAACGAGGUGGUCGGAGUUUCUCGAAUGAUGCAUCCUCUCUCAUCCGCGGAAACUAAGCUGAGAAUGUCCAAAAGGAGGAUGUGAGGGGAGAAAUAAGAUGGACGUCUGUCCCAAUAACUUGUGCCCCUGGAAAGCAACCACUCACACAGAUCAUGUGAGAGGGCAUCCUAGGAAAAUAAUCAGCCACCAUGAAAUUCAUUACCCUUCUAGCACUAACCACCAACUUCUCCCCAGCCGUCGCAGACCCUCUACUUGAGCACCGCGCCGCUAACACCACCGGACCUCCAUUCCCAGCCAAAACCAUCUUCCAAUUCAACGAAACAAACACAUGGAUAGAAAACCUAGCCAUCCGCCCCAACGGCGACCUCCUCUUAACACUUCUCACCCCAGAUGCUUCUCUCUACACCGUCAAACAACCCUACAGUCCCUCACCCACGCUCUCUCGUGUUCACUUCUUCGAUAAUGCGACCAGUCUAACUGGUAUCGCCGAGAUACAACCUGACACAUUCAUCAUACUAGCAGCCCAGUACCAUGCCGUCGGCGACCCAAUCCCCGGCUCCGCUAUCGUGUGGGAAGUAUCCUUCCACAGCUCCUCGUCCUCAGCGCCGUCAAUCCGUAAAACCACAGAUUUUCCUGAAGUCCAACUCGCCAAUGGCGUCGCAUUCGUGCCGUCUUCCGUACACCAUGGCAGCGACGUAGUCCUCAUCAGCGAUAGCUACGGCAGCUGUCUUUGGCGUCUGGACACGCGGACUGGUGCGUAUGAGAUGGUUCUAAAAGUCUCGGAGAUGAUGGCCCCGGCAGGUAGUGUACCACCGCUUGGUAUCGAUGGGUUGAAAGUACAUGGUGGAUAUGUGUAUUGGGGAAAUUGGGCGACUGCGGGGAUUUACCGCGUGCGUAUUGAUGCGCAGGGAUAUCCUGUGACGAAUUCUACAAACUCAACGGCGGAGGUGGAAAAGGUGGUUUCGUUGGUUCCGGAGUCGGAUCAUGUGGAUGACUUUGCGUUCGAUAGGCAAGGUCUUUUGUGGACUGCGACUAAUGACGGUAACAUUGUCGCUGUGGUGCGAGCGGGUGGGUCGUUUGAAGCUGUAGUCGGUGGUGCAGAGGAGGACAUAGUGGCUGGUGACACGGCUAUUGCGUUCGGAAGGACAGCACUAGAUCGGGAUGUUGUGUAUGUUAGUACAAGUGGUAGCCUGCUGAAUAAUCAGACAGAGCCGGCUAAGGUUGUUGCUGUUAAUCGUGCUGCAUUUCGCUAAGGGGUAAGCGGGCUUGUGGGUUGAACAGGAUUGGUACUAUCAUACUGCAUGCAGUUUGAAGGACCUGGGAAACAUAUAGAACAUGCACCAAUUGCUCUCGAAAGAGUAUUUGGAAAGUGAAUUGAAUUUAGUUCUAACAGUUACCGGGA